AAACCCUAAGCCCCCAAUUACCUCAUUUUCAUAUUCUAGUCUGUACCUCUGCCAUCUCCUCUCUCUCUCUCUCUCUCUCUCUCUCUGAUCUGUAUGAUGAAUAGAUGACGGUGAGGCUUCUUCAAUGGUGUACUGCGUCCAAUAACUCAUGGUGUGGUUAUCAAGGUGUAAUGAGGGCAGGCAAGGCUCUCUCAUACUGUACGCAAACCCUGACCUCUUAUUCAGCUCCGCAGGACACUCUGUACAAGAGGAUUUCACCAAAUGGAGACCCUAGGGUUUCGAUUCUUCCGAUACUAGACCAAUGGGUCGAAGAAGGGAAACCUGUGAAGAUAGAUGAGUUAAAGACUAUGAUCAAGCUGCUCAGGAAUUACAGACGGGUUGAACACGCUCUUCAGUUGUCCGAAUGGAUGAGUGAGAGAAGAUACCUUGAUCAUUCACCUGGAUAUGUUGCAGUUCGUUUGGACUUGAUCUGCAGAGUUCAUGGCCUAGAAGAAGCAGAGAAGUAUUUUGAUAACAUCCCAAAUACUUUGAAAACCUUCAAGGUUUAUGGUGCUCUAUUGAACUGCUAUGCAUAUAGUAAAUCUCUGGAGAGAGCAGAGGCAAUCAUGCAGAAGAUGAGGGAAAUGGGUUUUAUGAAGACACUAUCUUAUAAUGUUAUGCUAAACCUCUAUUCUAAGAUGGGAAAGCAUGAGAAGCUAGACACCCUCAUUCAGGAGAUGGAAGAGAAGGGCAUCAGUCUUGACAACGCUACGUUCUACAUCCGCUUAAAUUCGUAUUCUGCUGUUUCUGACAUGGAGGGCAUGGAGAAGCUUCUUCUGAAGAUGGAAGCCAAUCCUCUAAUCACCAUGGAUUGGAAUGCAUAUAUUGUUGUCGCAAAUGGGUAUUUGAAAGGUGGCCUGGUAGAGAAAGCUUUUGAAAUGCUGAAGAAAGCGGAGAAACAUAUCAGAGAAGGAAGAAGAGGGUUUUCUUAUGAAAUUCUCCUCACCAUGUAUGCUAGUAUAGCUAAAAAAGACGAGUUGUAUCGUGUAUGGAAUCUGUACAAAAUCAAGGGGAAAAUAUUGAACAGUGGUUAUUUCUACAUGAUAAGUUCAUUAAUCAAGUUGGAUGACGUUGAUGGAGCUGAGAAGAUUUUCAAGGAGUGGGAAUCUGUGAAUGCAUCCUUCGACUUCAGAAUUUUGAACUUGCUAAUCAAUGCCUAUGGAAGGCAGGGCCUCUUGGGUAAGGCCGAAGCAAUUGUAAGCAGAGCUAUAGAGAAUGGGAAAGAGCCUCCUGCAAGCACAUGGGAUUGUCUGGCUUCCAUAUACUAUAAAGAUAAACAGAUGCAGAAGGCAGUGGAUACAAUGAAAAAGGCAGUCUUGGCUGAUCAGUAUGGCUGGAAACUAAACCGUGUUGUUUUGAAAGGAUGUCUGCGACACUUGAAGAAGAAAGGAGAUGUUGAAGGAACAGAGAAGUUUGUAAGGUUACUUAGGGAACAUGGACAUUUCUCACAACUAUCUCUCACUGCUCCAGAUGGUAUUGAAAAUGGAAGUUCUGGAUUUCGUGCAUUAAACGAGUUGGAGGGGGACGAUGUGGAACUGCAUGGAGAAACGAAAAUGACAAUGGGGAUAGAGUACGCGAACAAUGGUCCGGCAGGCUACAAGGCCCACCGCUUGACCAGGAGGUGAGUCUAGUCAGGCAAGGCCCAAUGGGCCUCUGGGCUAUUGUUUUUUUCAGAAGAGACAUACGUUGGGUUUUUUGGGUGGGGAUACAUUUGUGGAUAAUUUUGAAGGCGGUACAAAAAUUUGAAUUUAUUCGAGUUAAAGGGAAACUUAUUUGGCUCUAAGUGUUUUUUUUUUUAAAAAAAUGACUAAAAGGUCAUUUAUUACUCUACUACUCUUUCUUUCAUU